AUGCGUGUCAAUGCAAAUACUGUUUUAUAUGGUCGAACAAUCCUCCUUGUUCCCUAUGGGAAACAUCAUGUUGAAAAAUACCAUCGAUGGAUGGAAAAUGAAGAAAUUCGCGAACUGACCGCAUCCUUACCAUUAACUAUCGAAGAAGAAUAUGAAAUGCAACAAACAUGGAUGAACGAUAAAGAUAAAUGUACGUUUAUUAUUCUAUCGAAAGAACGAUUCGAUGAGACACACGAUGAAAUAGAAUCGAUGAUCGGUGAUGUCAAUCUAUUUUUGAAUGACCCUGAUGAUCUUCAUUGUGGUGAAGUUGAAAUCAUGAUUGCAGAAGAAAAAGCUCGACACAAGGGUUAUGGAAUCGAAACAUUGCACACAUUCUUUCGUUAUGCAAUUGAAACGCUGAACAUCACGCGUUUUGUUGUCAAAAUUGGUCUGAAAAAUUUACCGAGUAUUGCUUUAUUCACAAACAAGUUACAAUUUCAAACAACUCAAACAUCCGAAGUCUUUCAAGAAGUGACCAUGGAACGGCAUGUCAACGAUGAAUUCGCUCAGUUGCUAAACAUGAACACUCCAGACUAUCGAAACGAACUUUACGAUCAGUUGACUAAAGUCUGA